AUGUCGCGAACAAUUUUGAUUCUUCUGAUCUUUUUGGUUUUCUCAAUAUUUUGUCGAAGAAAUUUGUAUAUUGAACCGGUUGGAAAAGUUGAGCUGAUGAGAAAUUAUUGCGCAAAAAUGUCAAAGGAUUUGUAUAUCAGGUUGGUUUUUUUUUAAUUUGAAAAAAUUAAGCCUGAGUCCAGAUAGUUAAACGAAGUAGGUUUAGCCUAGGAGACAAAGUUUUGGAACCUAAGCCAAGAUAGUUCAUCCUAAGCCUAGAGACAAAUCUAGAAUUUUAACCCUAGAACUCUAAUUCUAAAAACUUUUGCCUGAAAGGCCUAAAAUUCUAAGCCUAUAUUUAACAGCUGUUAAACCCUAAACCAUAUUGUCAUUCCGAAAAUAAAAGAACCCCCGUUUGAAUUGGCGCUCACGUACAGUAGACUAAAAAUGACGUGACACAUGCACAUCAAACUGGUUGGCAAAUAGCCAGCGUAUAAAUUUCGCAUUUUAUUUUUCAAAUAGACCCCAAAAUUUGGCGAAGUCUACUGUAGUCUUGGUUUCCUAGGCCAUUUCGGUUCUCUUCCAAGUUCUUAUUUUUUCGGAAUGACAAUAGUUUAAAAUUGUUGAACUUUCAAAAUCGAAAAUAAAAAGUUCUAUACAGAGAAUAUUCCAGUGUUGCCUAGAGUUUUUCUAAUAAAAAAUUAUGAUUUUUUUAUUUCUGAACAAAUUUGUCAUCCUUUCUAUUCAUCCAGCUCAUUUUCCUCCCUUUCAACUCAAAUCAAAAAUAAAUUCUUCUUUUCACAAAAAAUGAACAAUACGAUCUAAUCCCCUGUUCUGUCGCACAAAGAAAAUCCAGAGUGCGUAAAUCGAAAAGUCAUGUGAAUAUUUUUCAACAGAAAAAGAAUUGAUGAAAUCAUUGAUAAUCUUUCGAUUCUGACACGUCAGCCAAUUUCUUUUCGAUUUGAGCUAAUUCGAAUUAGGAGAAGCUCUAAGAACGUUUGGAAAAAAGAGCUAUGAUCAUUGUGAUUUUUCGGAACAUUUCUCAGGAACACGUCAACAAGAAACCUUUGAAAAAAUGUCGCCUUAGCUUAGAAGUUCAAACAUUUUUGAUCAAAAAGUUCCAAAAUCAUUAUGACGUGACCUGGGAUUAGACUUCUAGAAUUAGGCUCAGACAUAAUCUAAACUCUAACAAAUUGUUUUUCUUCAGCUUCAAUAACGUUGGUCCAAACUCGGCAUAUCAAAAAAGAAUCACCGAUUUCCCUACCGAAAUAUCGACAGAAAUCCGAAAACUUCUAGAAAAUCAAGAAGUUCAAGACAUUUUUGUGGAUCUCAAAGCGCAAACUGUGAGUUUAUUCAUUUUUAAACAAUCAAAACUUGACAUUUUUUUGGUUUAGAUUUGUAUUUCGACUCCAAAAAUCUAUUCAUUGAAUCGAAUCGAAGAUGCUGGAAAGUUUUCGAGUGAUUUGAAAAAUUAUGAAUUUUUCAAAAUGCCAAAAUUUUGGGCCGAACUAGAAACUGGCAAAUUUUAUAAUGUAAAUUUGGAGAAUUGUGAGAAGCUGGAAAGUGCCACGUGGCAAUGUAGAGAACUUGAUUUGAGACAAGGUUGUAUUUUAAAAUCUGAAGGAAUUGAGGAACACUGUGGAGAAAUCGAAAAAUUGGAUAGUUCGGAUAAAAAUGUGAGUUUUUAAUUGAAAUUUGAAAACUUCAAAAAUUAAUUAUAGUUUGCAUUUUCACGCCAAUUAUCUCCAAACACUCACAUCAUUGCGACUCGCGUCCAAAUGGCAUCAAGAAUUAAAAAUGGGAAUAUUUUCAAAAUUGAAAAUGUACCAAUUUUGGGAAAUAUUGUGAAAAUGCAUUUAGAAGAGGAUCAGAUGAUGUCGAUUGGAAAUAUUAUUGUGAAAAAUGAGAUGAAACAGUAA